ACGUUGAUCGUACGCUGGUACACUGUAUCGCCUGGGUUGACAGUAUAGUUACUUCAACAUUAUGGAUUAAAAUGCCGCGGAUUAAUGUAAAUAGAGACGUCGCUUCAUUGUAAUUAAUUAAUGCCUCUUAAUUAGACGGGUCACCUCUGGAGUGGGUGGUGGCAGGCAUAUUUUCGGUUUUCAUCAGCAAUAUUUCAGGGAGAGGAGUCAUAUCCUCCUCACCGCAGCUGCUGCAAAGGAACUUCAUCACUUUUGUCCCUGUGGAACAAAUGAUGAACUGAGGACCUCCUCCACUUCUCAACUUCACGUAUCUUUACAUUACUAAGUCUUCAAUCUCAGUGCUCAUCAGAAAAAGGCACUGACCACGUUGCCACACCACAUCUGGGCAUAGAAAUGUGUGUGUGUGUGUAUCCUUGGAUGCCUGACUGUGUCUGAGUGUUUUUGGACUGAAGAAAGAGGUCGUAGGCUGCACUUGAUCUCAUAGUCUCUGAGAGGCUCCUCUCCACUUGACUGACUACAACGUUUGUCUCCACCACUGCAAAGCAUCAUGGGUAGGAAAAAGAUUCAGAUCCAACGGAUCACAGACGAAAGGAACAAGCAGGUGACAUUCACAAAGCGAAAAUUUGGCUUGAUGAAGAAGGCCUAUGAGCUGAGUGUGUUGUGUGACUGCGAGAUUGCCCUGAUCAUCUUCAACCACGCCAACAAGCUGUUCCAGUAUGCCAGCACUGACAUGGACAAGGUCUUGCUCAAAUACACAGAGUACAACGAGCCUCAUGAGAGCCGGACCAAUGCAGACAUUAUUGAGACUUUGAGAAAGAAAGGCUUCAACGGUUGUGACAGUCCAGAGCCGGACGGUGAAGAUUCCAUUGACCAAAGUCCCCUAAAUGAUGACAAGUACCGCAAGAGCACAGAGGACCUGGAUGUUCUCUUCAAACGCUACGGACAGUCGACUGCUCCGCCCCAGACGUUCUCCAUGCCAGUCACAGUCCAGGCAUCCAGUCAAAGCACACUGCAAUUCAGUAACCCUGGCAAUGCCCUGGUAACUACCUCCUAUGUAACUUCAUCGUCGCUCACCGAUACGCACCUGCUGUCACCACAGCAACCAGCUCUCCAGAGAAAUACGGUGUCUCCUGGGUUGCCACAGCGACCAGCCAGUGCAGGUGCUCUUCUUGGGGGCGACCUGAAUAAUUCAAAUGGAGGAUGCCCAAGUCCAGUCCCUAAUGGAUACACCAGUGCCAGGGCCUCCCCAGGUCUCCUCACUGUUUCCAACGGCAACAGUCUGGGGAAAGUAGUUCCAGCCAAGUCUCCACCCCCACCUCCCAGUCCUCAGAUGGUCAACAGCCGCAAGCCAGACCUCAGAGUCAUCACUUCACAGGGUGGAAAGAGCCUCAUGCAGAUGCAGACUUGUAACCCUCCUUGUUACCACCCCUUGCAGACAGAGGAUGAACUGGAAUUGGUAAACGAGAACGCCCAGCGGCUGGCAGCUGGAGCCCAGGUGGCACAAACCCUCACCACACCAGUGGUCUCAGUAGCCACACCGAGCCUUCUGGCACAAGGGCUGCCCUUCUCUGCCAUGCCCACAGCAUACAACACAGAGUACCAGCUGACCAGUGCAGACAUUACUGCUUUACACGCUUUGGCAUCACCUGGCGGCUUGUUGCCAACCAGUGUGUCCACAUGGCAACAGCAGCAGGCUGUUUCCCAGCAACCACAGCAGCAACAACAUCAACAGCAAACGCAGCAGCAGCAGCAACAACAACAACAACAACAGCAACAACUUAUGCUUGCAUCACUUGGCAACUUGGUCAUGUGGGGCGUGGACAAACAGAGCAGCGAGCUGUCUAGCCAGGUAUCGAGUCUGGCUGCCAAUCUGAGUAUUGGCUCUCCGUCCAACCUGCUCUUGGGUAGAGAUGAGUGGUUGGGUCGGCCGGUCACCCAUAUACCUCAAGGUGCCAUGCUGACUGUCAACACAAACUCCAGUGUGAGCAUCAAAUCAGAGCCGGUCUCACCUGGACGGGAUCGAAGCACCCCUUGUCCUCCUCCCUCCACCACACCGUCCUUGACCUCAGGAGGAGCCAUUCUGACCACUCCGCCACAGUACCCUGGCUCCCUGCUGUGCCUGGAGCCCCCGACUGGCCGCUCACCUGCAGACAGUGUAAGCAGCAAUGCCAGCUCCUUUGAAGGCAGCGAUCGUGAUGACACCAGUGCAGCUGAUGGAGGCAGCAGUGGAGGAGGAGCAGGUGGCGGAAGCGGCGGCAGCAGCAGCACAACUGGCACUACAGGUCCCGUCAACCGCUCUGUGCCACCUGACUUCAGCCCAUCAGCUGAGCUACUCAGGGCGUCGAACGAACCAGAGCAGGAGGGAGGAAACGUCAAGCGCAUGAGAUUGGAUGCCUGGGUCACAUAGAGGGGCCGGCACUGCCAGUGAAGUUUUGGUGACACCUAAUACCCACAAUACACUCACACUCAUGCUUAAACCCCACGGCUUUGACCCCACUGCCAUGUGAUGCUAUCAUCAUACAUCUGCCUCUGUCCAAAAUUAAACAACUCGGUUAUGUCACCCAGACUUCAGAGACUUCAUCAAAACAAAAAAACCUAUUAAAAAAAUGAAACCUGUUUGGAUCAUGCUCUGAGUGAGGGGAGGAUGGUUUACUGCUGGAUAUUUUGUCCCAGGUAGGCCCCUUGAAUAGUGGGACAAUAGAUUUUUAAAGUCUUCUUGCUUGGACCCCCAUAUAAUAAUUUCUUUUGGUAGAAAUUAGGUGUUCAACCUUUUUCUAUAUGAUGAAAUCAUAAAAACUUAACUCACGUGGUUUCUGCAUCACCCUCAUGUAUUUCCAUCAAGUUCUGUUACAUUGUUCACAGUGAGACUGGUGGCUUGUCAACAUCAAGAGACUUCUGCUGUAUGACGCGCCAUCUCCUGCUCUUUGAAAUCCAAUGUCAUUUGGAUUGUGUGCUGUUCAUUCUUCCAUAAGUCACUUCCAAACUGCACUAUUGGAAAUUAUAUUGUCCGGACAUGUUUGAGGACUGAGCAUUUAUCUGGCACUGAACAAACAGACUCGGGACAGAUUCUUCUAGAUGAGGACACUUCACCAUUGAUCUUUCUGCUGCCACAGUUAAUGACCUCAGACACACAGGCAGGCCUGAGCUGUCAGGUGGCCCUCUGUAGCUGUGGAGUCGAGCACCUGGCCACAGUGCCAAUAUCAACUUCUCUUCAACAAAAAAUAUGCCAAAUUCUCUUGAAAACAGUGCAGGGACACUGAUGAAUCACUCGCACUGUCACAGAAAACGAUGAGAACUAGAAACUGUCGAUGCUUUUCAGGCUUUGAAUUUAUCAUCACUUUCUCCUCAGACUGGGUGCUCCUCCCGUCCACUCACCUCAUAUCUUCUGGAACUUGGAUGGAAGUUGUUGCACCAGAAAUCCAGCCAGUCAGUCGGUUUAUUAACAGGAGUAGGUGCCAUCUUGUUAAAAGCCUAGUAUCAGUUUUUUGAGCCUCUGGUGGCUUUUUUUGGAUAGGAAGUAA